AGCAUCCACUGAUCUGAGGCCACCACAUCUAUCGGAAAAAUCCAACGAACAUGUUGACAAGACGUGGUCCCCACCGGAAGAGUGAAUCCCUGUGCUUAAAUAGCGAAGGCCAUUCAACCGAACGACCACCAACACAAUCUCCAUAGCCGCCGCCAGAGUUAGAGAGAGCGUUUCGGAGUCACUAGCCGCAGUCAUCUCCUUCAGGUUGCAGAACAAUGGGUGCAGGUGGUAGAGCUGUUCAAUCCGCCCCCAAGAAGGUGAGAAACGAACCCCUGAAGCGUGUUCCCGUUUCUCAGCCACCAUUUACGCUCAGCCAGGUCAAGAAAGCCAUUCCACCUCACUGUUUCCAGCGUUCUGUUAUCCGCUCAUUUUCAUAUGUUGUUUAUGACCUCACAAUCGCUGCAUUCUUGUAUUAUGCUGCAACAUCUUACAUUCCCAUGCUUCCGCCCACUCUCUCUUAUCUGGCCUGGCCGGUUUACUGGGCCUUCCAAGGCUGCAUCUUGACUGGUGUUUGGGUUGUAGCUCAUGAAUGUGGCCACCAUGCCUUCAGUAACUAUCAAUGGCUUGAUGACACCGUUGGCUUUAUCCUUCACUCUGGCUUGCUUGUACCUUACUUCUCCUGGAAGUAUAGCCAUAGCCGGCAUCACUCCAACACAGGCUCUCUUGAACGUGAUGAAGUCUUCGUCCCCAAGCAAAAAACUGGUAUCAGAUGGUAUUCCAAGUACCUUAAUAACCCACCUGGUCGAAUCCUCACUCUGAUCAUAACAGUCACCUUGGGAUGGCCGUUGUACUUAGCGUUCAAUGUUUCAGGCAGGCCUUAUGAUCGCUUCGCUUGUCACUAUGAUCCUCAAAGUCCUAUCUAUAAAGAUCGUGAGAGGCUACAAAUUUUCAUUUCUGAUGCGGGAAUUUUAGCUGUUGCAUAUGGCCUCUACCGCCUUGUGCUAGCUAAAGGUCUUGCUUGGGUGCUCUGUGUAUACGGAGGACCGUUGAUGGUGGUAAAUGGAUUUCUUGUUGUGAUUACAUUCUUGCAGCAUACUCACCCGGCAUUGCCUCAUUAUGACUCGAUUGAAUGGGACUGGUUCAGAGGGGCGCUAGCAACAGUCGACAGAGAUUACGGAAUCCUUAACAAGGUCUUCCAUAACAUUACAGAUACACAUGUAGCACACCAUUUGUUCUCAACAAUGCCACAUUAUCACGCCGAGGAGGCAACCAAGGCGAUCAAGCCGAUUUUAGGAGAAUAUUACCAGUUCGAUGGGAUGUCGAUCUUCAAGGCAAUGUACAGGGAGACAAAGGAGUGCAUUUAUGUUGAGCCGGACAAUAGCGAAGACCAAAACAAAGGUGUGUUCUGGUAUAAAAACAAGAUAUGAUGAAGGCGUUGAAUUAGUUGUUUCAAUUCAAAAUUUGCAGUCUGGGAAUUGACUUGAUCUAAUCUCAGUUUGUGCUUUCAUUCAAUAAUUUUAGAUUAUGGUCCAAAGUCUAACUAUUGUUCUCUUAAAAUGUUCUCAGUUAGUUGUUUCGAUUAUGGGCUUCUUUAAAACAAGAUAGGGUCAAUUUGGAGUCUGUUAUACAAUUCAAUAAAUUCAGUUCGUCUAA